UUUAUAAUGGCAACUAAAAUAGAAUCCGAGGCGGAAUAUACACAAAUGCUCAAUUCUCAAGAGCUUUCAGUUGUUCAUUUCUGGGCGGAUUUUGCCGCCGAAUGCAAGAACAUGGCGGACGUGUUGGAGGAGCUUAGUAAGGAAAUGAAGACGACGCGGUUUUACGCAGUUGAAGCAGAGAAGAUGGCUGAAGUUAGUAUGAAACAUGAGAUUGUUGCUGUUCCUACCGUUAUCAUUUUCAGAGUGGGGAAGGCUGUAGACAGGGUAGACGGUAUGAAGGCAGCAGAGGUGAGCAAGAAAGUAAAAUUACAUGCCCAGCAAUCUAAUGGUAUCCCACCUUCACAGCCUAAGAAGGAGGACUUAAACACGCGGCUUAAGCGUCUGAUUAGCGCGCAUAAGUGCAUGCUCUUCAUGAAGGGAAACCCUAGUGAACCAAAAUGUGGAUUUAGUAAACAGACAAUUGCCAUCUUGGAUGGAAUGAACGCUGAAUAUGGAACUUUUGAUAUUCUUACCGAUGAUGAAGUGAGACAGGGUCUGAAAACCUUCUCUGAUUGGCCGACCUAUCCCCAGCUUUAUAUUGACGGAGAACUCAUCGGGGGACUUGAUAUUAUCAAUGAGAUGCUAGCAUCAGGUGACCUGAAGUCGAUGGUACCGACUAAGGUUGAUCUAGAUGCCAGAUUAAAGGAAUUGACCAACUCUGCCCCUAUCAUGAUAUUCAUGAAAGGCAAUCCUGAGAAUCCCCAAUGUGGAUUUAGCAGAACUCUUAUGGAGAUAAUGAAGGAAACUAAACUGGAAUUUAAGCAUUUUGACAUUUUUACUGACGAAGAUGUGAGACAGGGUUUGAAGAAGUUCUCUAACUGGCCGACCUACCCCCAAGUUUACGUGAAGGGCGAGCUGGUUGGGGGCCUGGAUAUCAUCAAGGAGCUAAAUGAGGCUGGAGAACUUGUCAGUACCCUUAAAGGGGAGGCGUAGAUAUCCUCCAGGGUUAUACUUAGAGCUCUCUUCAAAUUCAUAAUGUAAUAAUUACUGGUUUCAAUUUUAAUUCCCGGUUUAAAUUUCGGACUGCUGAUUAACUUUUAUACUUGCAGAAA